AUGGAUUGGUUUAGUUUUCUUCAUGGAUUUGCUACUUUGGCUACAGCUAUCCAGUAUUGGCUUUCGGGUAUGUCAUUUGGUGUUAUUCCACCAGUUUCUUAUGAAAAUGCAGAGCAAUUGUCGUGUUUGAUAAUGAAAGGAUCAACUUUACUUUCAAUGUUAUACUUUACAGCGAUAUUGGUUGUUGACAUGUAUUAUGGUUAUUAUGAUGGAUUUAUUUUACCCAUAUCGUUGUUAGCGUUAUUGACUUUAACAUUUUUAUUUAGUUCACUUGCUAAAAACGAUGAAAAAGCACUGGAAAGCGAUUUAUAUCGAUUGUUAUUUGUCGUAUUUCAGGCAAUAUUAUUGAUAAAAUUAUCACAUACAUCAUAUUUUAUGAUCGAUAAUAGAAUAAACUACAAAUUGCCAACUAGUGGAAUCAAAGAUAGAGUAUUAACAGCAUCAUUAAUAUUGGAAUUAUUUCAAUUAUUGUUUUGGACAUUAACUCCAUUUCUAUGGUUUCCCAGUUCAAAAAGACAUUUAACACUGUGGAGUUAUGAAUAUGCUGAUCUUAUUUCACAUAUUGUCGUUAUUAUAUUGUAUUUAAAACAAUCGCAUAUGGUGUUUUGGGAUAAUACGAUAAAAGCGUAUUUCGUGUUUUAUAUUAUCAAUCUUUUUAUUUGGGUGAUUCCAUUAAUGUUAGUGUGUUUAGGAAGUGAAGAAAAGAUAAUGAUACCAGCUAUGCAUUGUUCUACAUUUUAA